AUGUCCAUUCGCCAGCUGCCCAGCGAUGUCGUCGACAAGAUCAAGUCCUCCGUGGUCAUCACCUCGCUCAAGGCCGUAGCCUGCGGCCUCCUCGUCAAUGCCUUGGAUGCCGGCGCCUCCAAAGUAAACAUCUCGGUCGACUACGCCCGCGGCAACUGCACAGUUGAGGACAACGGAGCCGGCAUUACCCCCGACGAGUUCAGGGACACUGGCGGCAUUGGGAAGCUCCACCACACGUCGCGAUUCCCAUCAAAAGCAACAGUGCAUGGGAAGCACGGCGACUUCCUGGCAUCCUUAGCAACACUCUCCUUGCUGUCAAUCACGUCUCGUCACCAGAGCCAUCUUUCGCACAACUCCAUCUCCAUCCACAACUCCAACGUCCUCGCCAGGAACCUCCCAGCGCCUCCCGAGCAAAGCCUCGUCAAUUUUGACCAUGGAACCCGCGUCAUUGUUCGGGACCUGUUUGGCUCCAUGCCUGUCAGAGUCAAGCAGCGCGCUGCCAUGGUUGAGCGUGCGACCCUCGACAAAGAUUGGUCGGCAUUGAUUCGAGACGUCGUGGCGCUGCUGCUUGCUUGGCCAUCGGGCAUUACCGUCUCGUUGAACAACCCUGUUACACAACGCGAGCUCCGGUUUCGCCCUAGUGACAAAUCAGACGCCGUAUCCCGAACAUCGAGGCUCCUCACCCAAGCCUUGCUUGCAGACUCCAGUGAUGCCGACUCGUGGAUUCCCAUCUCGGCAUCGUCAGGCUCCGUCAUCGUCAAAGGUUGCAUCUGCGAGAAUCCAGUCGCAACACGCCGGUCCCAGUUUAUUAGUCUGGGAAUCCACCCCGUUGUCAAUGAGUUUGGCACUGACGUGCUCUACGAAGAGAUCAACAGAGUCUUCCAGAACUCGAGUUUCGGCGUUAUUGAAGGAGACGAUAGCCAGACGCGAAAUUCUCCCAAGCUAGACGGCUUCACGGGUAAAGAACUUCGGAGUCGCAAGGGAAUCGAGAAGUGGCCGAUGUUUUACUUGAAGAUUGUGACGACGGAUUCCAGUGCUGUAAACAAACUGGACGCCCAAGGACAGACCCUCACAGCUAUCCUCGAUUUGUUGAAGGCAACAUGCUAUGGCUUCCUCAAGAAGCAUCACCAUCGUCCUCGAAAGGUUCAUUUGGGGAAGGAUGAGUCGGUGUUUUCUACAUCGAAAACGAUCAGCCGAUCUAGGAAAUCGUCUAAAAGACAGCCUACCUCGUCUAGUAGCUCGAGGGCCAACUCUGUUCCGCGAAGCUUGGGGCCAGAUGCUACACAAAGGAGAGCUGACAGUCCUUUUGAUGACUGGAAUCGGGUCAAGAUUGGGAAAGCGACGCCACUGAACAUCUCUACGAAGACGGUUGACAUCAGGAGAAAGGAACCAGAAAAUGCUCCCCCAGCUCCGUUGGUUGGCGAAGGGGGUAAGCUCUUGCGCAAGCCGUUUGAUGAGCCCUCGCCCGAACCUGAAGUUAUGUCUAGGUCCCCCUCUGGUUCCGAAGUCGUUAUUACCGACAGCGGUCUACCUCCAGCGAACCCCAAACGAUCUGACAACCCGGGAAUGGAGCAACCUCGACAACCUAGCAAGUGGCUUCAAAAUGUGAUUCAGUCCUGGGAAAACCCCGUCUUCAAGACCGUUCAUUCUUCGAUCCCCAAAAUAGACGACACCGAUGCGCCGUCGCACCACUGCUGCAAACACGGCGUUAACUUUGAUGCCGCGACCAUGAGCCUGAGCGGCAGGAUAUCGCGGCAUGCCCUGGCUCAAGCCACGGUGAUAUCGCAAGUCGACCGCAAGUUCAUCCUGGUCAAGCUGCCGCUGGAAGACGUGGCAGCCGGAGAUUCGAAGACUGGGAAGCGCAGCUGUGCCUUGGUCAUGCUUGACCAGCACGCAGUGGACGAGCGCUGUCGACUUGAGGACCUAAUGGCUGGCUAUUUCACCAAUAAAACCAGCGGCGACACCAACCCUAAAGUUGAGGUGCUGGCACGGCCGUUGGUAUUUGAGGUCUCAUCAAAAGAGCACGACCUCUUGGAACAUCACCGCCAACACUUCGCUGCUUGGGGCAUCAUCUACAACACCCCCUCGAUACCCGAGCCAGAUUCAGAGCGAAGUAGGGUCAUCGUUACCGGCCUACCGCCGAGCAUUCUAGAGCGGUGCCGCCAGGAACCUCGCCUUCUGAUUGACGUCCUCCGCAAAGAGAUCUGGCACAUCGUCGACGACGGCGCUCCCCCACGCUCGCGCAUUUUGAGUCCAGGUACCGACACGCCCUGGAUCUCGCGCUUCCACGGCUGUCCCCAAGGGAUUCUGGAGAUGCUCCAUUCUCGAGCGUGCGCCAUCAUGUUUAACGAUCCACUCAGUAACGACGAGUGUGUCAAGCUCAUCUCCCGACUAUCGCAGUGCGCAUUUCCAUUCCAGUGCGCUCACGGGCGGCCUAGCAUGGCGCCACUCGUCGAUCUCGGGGCCGGAGGGUUUGGGCAGUGGCAGGAGAGCAGGAGCGUCAGAUGGAGAACGUGGAUAAAGGAGUCUCUGAUUUCAGAUGGAGAAAACGAUACCCAGCGAGAGACUUCUUAA